AUGGUAAACGAAUCCAAGAUCGCCGCUGAACACGGUUUGGGAGGACACGAUGCCGCUUCUUCUGAUGGCACAUACAACAACGGUAACGGCAAUGGCCAUGCAGGCGGUAACAAUGGAUAUCAAGGUGGUGGUGGACCAAUGUCAAGAUUCAUAACUCCAGGUGGUAAUCCAGUAGAUACAAGUCAACCCGCUUUCCCAGUCUUCCACAGAAAAUUCGCUAAUCCCGCUCCAUUGGGUUUGAUUUCUUUCGCCGGCACUACAUUCCUCUUAUCACUUUUCAACGUAUCUGCAAGAGGUGUCACUGUACCCAAUGUGAUCAUGGGUAUGGCAUUAGGUUAUGGUGGUUUGGUUCAACUUAUCGCAGGUAUCGAAGAAUGGGCUUGUGGAAAUACUUUUGGUGCAACCGCUUUCUCCUCUUACGGUGGUUUCUGGAUUUCUUUUUCCACUCUUUACAUUCCUCAAUUCGGAGUUGUAGCCGCUUAUACCGAUAAAACUAUGCUUUCCAACGCUUUGGGUUUCUACCUUACCACAUGGGGUAUCAUCACUUUCAUCUUCCUUUUGGCCUGUUUAAGAUCUUCAGUGGCCUUAGUAUCUCUAUUCUUCUUCUUGGAUAUCACUUUCUGGCUUCUAGCCGCUGGUGAAUUCGCUGAAUCAGCUACUGUUCACAAAGCAGGUGGUGCUUUCGGUAUUCUUACAGCAGCUAUCGCAGCUUAUACAGCUUUGGCAGGUAUGCUUACCAAGGACACCUCUCACUUCUUGAUCCCAGUCGGAAAUCUCGCAAGAGCGAGCAAGUAA